UUACUUAUAAAAGGAAGCCACCACCUCUUAUUUCUUGUUUUUCAGUUUCAGUUCCUAAAAUCAACCCAAUACCAAAGCAACCUCAGAGAAAGAAAAAAAGAGGAAGAAUCGAAAUCGAAGUCACGCGCUCCUUCUGAUCCAACAGCAACAGCUACUACAUACUAGUUUCUGUUCGAUAUAUAUCCACAACGGAAAGGAAUUUGGAGUUGGUGAUUUGGUUUACAAUCAAAUUUUUUUUUUCUUUUGGUUAUGAUGGCUGUUCAAGCGCAGCAGUAUCAGGAGAAUCUGGUUUUUGGUAUUAACGGUUCGCAGGAAUGGAUGGAUUCUUGUGGUGGGUUGUAUGAUUUUUAUCUCAAUCCUCAACAGCAAGAACAGAUGCAGCAGUUACAGAAUAUCAAUCUCAUGAGAAACCACAAUCUGGGUUUUGAAAAUAGUCUCCUGGUUUCUUCUCCUUCUUGUCAAAGUAAUCUUCUGUCAAUGGCGUUUUCUGAUUCUUUAGCUGCUCAGAUUGAUAAACAAGCAUUGGAGAUUGAUCGAUAUAUUCUAUUACAGAACGAGAGACUCAGAUCAGUUCUGCAAGAGCAAAUGAAGAAUCAACUGGCCAUCCUUCUAAGGAGGAUGGAAUCAAAGAUGAUGAGCUUACUGACACAGAAAGAUGAAGAAAUUGCAAGAGAAUCUAAAAGAACAAUGGAGUUGGAAGAAUGUUUGAGAAGGAUGGAGAUGGAGAAUCAAGCAUGGCAGAGAGUCGCCAAGGAGAAUGAAGCUAUGGUUAUGGCCCUUAACAAUACUCUGGAACAGGUCAAAGAGAACGCUUAUUGUUUUCCAUCUGCAGGAGCAGAGGAUGUUGAGUCCUGUUGCGAUAUCUCUGAUCAAGCACAUUACAGAGAGGAGAAGAGAAGAGAUGAUGAAGAAGAAGAAGAACAAGAAGAGGAAUCAAUGAGAAAGAUGACUUGCAAAUCCUGCAAUUCUCAAAGAUCCUGUGUUCUUUUCCUUCCUUGCAGGCAUCUCUGUUCUUGCAAAUCCUGUGAAGCCUUCCUCGAUUCUUGCCCUGUUUGUAAUUCUCCAAAAAAGGCAAGCAUGGAGGUCUACAUGUUGUAGAGAAAAUCAGAAAAACAGAAAUUAAAAUCUUUUUUUUUUUUCUUUCUUUCUUUAA